AUGGCAAUAUGGACUGGAUACUGGCCAGAUCCAGACUUGUCUCGCGGGCUGGAGCUCACUCCCCUUGCGGCAAGCCCAAAGGUUACAAGAAGCUUCGUCCAGACCAUCAGGUGCUGGACUGCGCUGCAGGCAGGGCCGGCGUAUCAGAUAUUCGUUACCCAAUUCAAACCGCAGCUUAAUAUAUAUCUGGAAAAUGACCCGGACCUUAUGUUGGGACCCAGGGCGAGAUACACGUGCUGCAUGGUCGGACGCUCUGAAUACAAAAUCUAUCCGGCCAUCAUACUCCACAGCCCCGACGAGAGCUUUUGCAGGAAGGUGGACAAAAUCAUCCGCUCAAGCGACGAGUGGAAGAUCUUCAAGAAAUCAAAUCCGCUGUUCGUGCUAAUAACAGCGGCCCGAGCGCCCAGCAGAAUCUCACCAGGAACAUCUCCACACGAUGGGGACGAGGCUGGUGAUGAUCAGGUUACCGUAAUCAGUCAUGAACCAGCUCAUCGGCUUUUUGGAACGUCGAUUUCUUUUCAGAAGUCCGGCCCUUCCCCUUCCCCGAUGGGUGGCAAUGCCACUCUGGGAGGCAUUGUGUUCCUGGAUGGUGUCCCAUACGGCCUCACAGUGGCCCACGCGCUCAAUUCGUCGCAACAACACGACCGACCUCAGUCCUCUCUGAAUCUUGGGUUUCCCUGUGUCGAAAUGUAUGGCUUUGGUGAUGAAGAUGAUUCCCUAUUCGCCGCCCUGGCCCAGGACGAGCCAACGGAACCGGACACCAUUGAGACUGACACAGAAGGUCUCUCUGGGCCUGUUCAAGGUACUGUUCGACCGGAAAUGUCCCGAAGCUCUCAAGGGGCUUUACAACAAUCCUCUGAUGAUGGCAAGGAUUGGGCAUUAAUCAAACUAAGCCCAGCGCAAGCAGUACAAGCGAGGACCAGAAAUCUGAACUACCUACCAGGACUGGUGCUACAAAACGGUGAACCUCUUGUCGUCAGCCGUAUGGGAGUUGUUAGCUCUCAAGAACAGCGUGUGCUACUUGUGACAGCUUCUAAGGGGGCUAUGCAGGGCACCGUGAGCUCGACGCCCUCUUUUUACAGGUCUGACGGACAAAGAAGAUUUGGUGAGGUUCUCAGUGUCCGUCUAGACCGAGGACUUGUGUUCGGCGACAGCGGAUCAUGGGUGAUUGACGCGGCAGAAGGUUUCUGGUUAGGCCACAUUAUAGCAGAGGAGCCCUCGGAGACAGUGGCUUAUCUUGUGCCUGCCCACAUCAUUGCUCAAGAUAUCGAACUGAAGGUUGACGCUCGUUUCUCGAUCGCCGGUCCGGCAGUGGGAGAUGGUGCUUCGGUCUCUGCCUCAGCAACAACCUCGUCGGACAACGCACUAGUCAGCCAAUCGAGUCCCACCGACGGACCAGAAAGCCUGAACAUUCUAGAUGCCGAACUGGGCGCCGUAUCUCUCGUCUCGGAGACUAAACAGCCCAGUGAACAAGAUGAUUACGAUGUCAGGCCUGAUGACAUCGUCAUUGCAGUUGUCGGUGUAACCGGAAGCGGAAAGAGUACUUUUAUCUCUCAGUUCUCCGAAACGAGUGUCAUCAUUGGCCACGGCCUAGAUUCAUGCACAAAUACCGUGAGCAUCUACAAAUGCCACUCCCCCUCGAUCCGCAGGUUUUUCAUGAUUGAUACCCCCGGCUUCGAUGAUACCUACAAAUCUGACUCGGAUGUUUUAUCCGAUAUCGCAAUCUGGCUGCGUGAUGCAUAUCAGAGGAACUUUCUAUUGACCGGAAUCAUUUAUCUCCAUCGAAUCAUAGAUGUGAGAUUCGGCGGAGCGUCAAUGCUUAAUCAACGGCUAUGGCGACGUAUUUGCGGAAAGGAUGCCCUCCCUCAUGUCGUCCUCGCUACGACUUUCUGGGACCAGAUCGAUGAAGUUCUUGGCGCUGAGCGCGAAUCGGAACUUGCGAACAAGGAGGACAUCUGGGGUUCUUGGAUUGAAAAGGGCAGUGUCUUGUUCCGUCAACGUGACCGGGACUCUGCAGAGCAGAUCAUCAACAUGUUCGCAAGAAAGCGAAGUGGUGGCCAAGGGACGAUGAUUCUGACCCUGCAAAAGGAGCUGGUGGACGAAGGUAAGAGUCUGGAUCGAACUUCGGCCGGUGCAGAAUUGCAAGUCCGCCUGGAAGCGGUACAAAAAAGGUACGAGGCGGAACUAGCGAGCGUAAGAGAAGAACUGAUGGAAGCACUGGAAGCACAUGAUAGAGAACUUGAAGCUCAACUGGAAAAAGAACGGCGUGCUCUUGAGCAGCGUCUGGAUCGUGAACGCGUGGCACGACAAAAGCUCAAAGCCGACACGAGAGGUUAG